AUGGCAGUAGUGGCACAAGUCCUCAGUGACUAUAGCGGAAGAGCUCCUCGCAGUUGCUAUGGGAGGACCCCUCGGAUCCAACAGCGGAAGUACCAUGGGGCGCUCGCUCUGCACCACGGUCGACAGCCCAAGACCCUCCUCUCAAGUUGUACUUGGGGGUCAAGCAUGGUAUGCCAUGGCUGUCAUUUUCGUCAGCUUUGUACCUUGCUACAUGUAUCUGCUUAUGAUCAUUUGCUUAUGGUUGUCUUUAUAUUCUCAAUAUUGUUCAGGAAUCGUGCAAACAGUCGGCGCAAGUCUGGAGAUAGGGCCGAUAGGGCUAAUUACUCCUACAACAAUGAUGGGGAGAAGAGUCAUGUUCCUUCAUUAAAGAACCUUCCUCCAAUUGUUCAUCAUGAAACAUUCUUCAGCAAUGUUCAGAAUGACUACAAUCAAACAGGAUUAGUGCCUUUGGAGGGAUGUUCUGCCAGUGAGGCUUCACAGCUUCUCAGUGACCGUUGGACUGCUGCAAUGAACAUGUACAAUGACCAAACAAUUGACCCAUCAGAGAAACCAGUAAUGUAUUCGGGAUCUAGCAGCUCAUCAUGGGGUCACCUGAAGCUUCCUCAUCAGCAUUUGUACAAUGGUACCAUUGUUACCCCUGGCCUUAUAGCUGCAAAGCAGCUUGUUGUAGUAUCAGUUAAAUGCGGCGCUGGAUACUCACGCCAUUGA